CAUCUAAAAGGGUUCUUAAAAGUAAGCCACAAAUAGACAAAUCCAAAAUGGUGAAUCAAAUAGGGUACAGGCAAGUUGUCACAUGGGAUAUGCUUUUAGAGAGAGAAACUCUUUUCUAGAGAGAGAAACUCUUUUCUUCUUUGGAAUUUGUUCACCCGUGGUAAGCAUUGAUGCAAGAUUUCGGAAAUUGAAGUUUAGUAGUUUGCGUUUCGUUUCGUGUGUUCUAUGCUUAUAAGUUUUGAGGAACCCUAAUUUUGGACGAGGUUCUGGCGGUUGAAUCUGGGGUUUGGUAUUCUGAGAAAGUUUCUGGGGAUGGAUUUGUGAUUUCGUUUUUCUUUGAGAUUCUGAACUGGUUAGGUUAGGAUUUGAUCUCUGAAAGUAGUGCGGUUUUUUGUUUGAAUUUUUUUCUUGGCUUUCUCCUCCAUUUCUGGUUUGUGUUUCAAUGCUCUUUAUCCAUUCAUGCAUGUGGAUUUCGUGUUUUGCUUUGGUUCUAGAAUUUGGUGUUUCUUCGUCUAUUUGAAGUGAUUUGAUAAACUGAAAUGAAGUUCACCAACUAGGGAAAUAUGGCUGAAAAAAACGUGGUACUAUGCAAGAGCUAGCCAUUUAUAAUGGUGGCAACAUGUAGACCAGUAAUAGAAGUUGUGAAGUGAAACUGCGCUAGUCAGCAAAACAAUGGAACAUUUAUGCGAUGAUAACUUUGAAGGAUCUAAGGAAGAAAGACAGAUUUUUACAGAGGUUUUUUUUGGUGAUGACACUUUUCAGUCUAGUCAGAGGGGUGUUGUUUCUGGAGCCAUCAAACUUGAACAUGAAUCCACUAUGAACACAUUUAAAUCAUUUGGUUCUAGUAAUGAAAACUCGAUCAUAUUGCGUCCUUCGUCUUCAAGAUUUACACAUCAUGAGGAGGAUGUUAAUAUAAUUCAGCAUUCCAAUGAGACUGCCCUGGGGUGUUUGCCCGAGAGUUUAACUUGUGAAGACCUGAAUGAUGAGAUUGUAAAUGUUAAACGUAUGAAGUUUUCUCUACAUGAACUUCCUUGUAGUAGAUCUAAUUCAGAACAUGUUUUGGGUUCAUCUGGAAUUCCGAAAGUAGUAAUUUCCAACCCGCCUUGUGCUGCUACAGACUGUGAUAGUGACCCAAUUGCAUUUCGGACAGUUGAAUCAUCUAAACUUGGCGUGGUAUCUAGUUGCUGUCUAUUGAAGCAUAACUUGGUACAGAAUAAAUAUGCUUUGAAUAAUGAUGUAGAUGUUACAAACUGUAAAUCUGAAACUGCAAAUGGGAACAUCACAAAAGAAAUGUCUGCAAAUAAGGUAGUUGCUUCUCCUGUAUCCCAGGAGAGCUCGGCAAACAGGCUAGCUGUAACGAGUUCAUCAAUCACUGUUGCGAAGAAGUCUUCCUAUCCUUUAAAAACUGAGGAAAUGGCAAAAGGGUUUCAAUCUUCUAAUAUGAUCAUCUCAAAUUUAGUGUCAAAGCUAGACAAAGAGGAUCCCCGAUCCAUACUGCAGUUUCACAUUGUGCAGUUGCUUACGAUGUCAGGUUGGUCUAUUGGGAAGCAUCAACGGCGUUGUAGGCGGUGGAUGGAGUCAGUCUACAAGACACCAAAGGGAAAAACUAUUAGGGAAUUUACCAAAGUUUGGAGAUUAUGUGGCCAUCUUUUGUCUGUUGAAAAAUGCAAAGUACCAUAUGAAGGCCGUAAGGAAUGGGCGGGUAUCAGUGAUUUCUGGUCUGAUCUAUUGAGUACUCUGACAAAUGUUGAUAAAUCAAAAACCCAGUCAGAAACAGCAGCUAUGUUGGCUUAUCAAUGGUGGCUUUUGGAUCCUUUUGUAGUGGUUAUAUAUUUUGAUAGAAAGAUCGGUGCUCUGAAAAAGGGAGAGGUAAUAAAAGCAUCUAGUAGUUUAGUUUCUAGUAAGGGUAAAAUGGCAUAUGAUCCAGUUGAUUCAGCCUGGCAAGAUAGUUCUUGUGCUCAUUCUGAUCAAAAGCACGACCAAGCCAUUUUCUGUGACUCUUCAACAGCAACCGGAGCCACUAAAAUAUCUGCUUUUGUGAUAAACAAUCAUGCUUGUAAUCAGAAAUCUGGUGGCAAUCAAGAAGAUAUGUAUGUUGGAGAACACAAACCAAACGUCAUAGAAAAUCCAUGUAGGGAAAUGUCAGUGAGCAAAAGUAGUAUGGAUCUAGUGUCCUUACCUGCUUGCGCAUUGGGCAGCACUGUUACCCAAUCAAAUGCUUCCUCUUUCGAUGUUCUUCCAAGCUCAGUAAAUUUGGACUUGGAUUCUAAAGUGAAUGCUGUUCAUCAUGAUAAACUUGGAGAUUCCAAAAGCUUUGAUAAGUAUACAUCAGAUAAUCGGUCUGAAUAUAGUGAAGAAGAGGGGAGGAAAGUUUCAGUGGCUUCUGUAUUUGGGAAAGAUAGUACAUGGUCCUCAGCUAAUGGUAUUCUUAAAAAGAAAAUGCGGAGGAAGUGCAAAAGGAUAUCUCAAAUCAAACUGAGUAUGUUAUACCAUAGUGACAUACUGGGAUCAACUAUCACUGACCAGGUGCAGUCGUUGAAUGGUGAUGCAUGUGGCACUCAAGCUGGGUUGGAAGAAGUUCAGGAUUAUGUAGUUGACAGUGUGGGAAAAAAAAGGAACUGCAGGAAGUUAUCGGGCACUGCAAACCAGCGACAUAUCAGGAAAACAAAAAAGUCCAAUAGGUGCCAUAUUGAAGAUGAUGAUCUUUUAGUGUCGGCAAUAUUCAAGAAUAAGGACUUCAAUCCAAAGCCAAACCGAGGCAAUUCUAGAGCUAAACCUGGCAAAUCAAGGGGCUUGAGAAAGCUUAAAAGCCAUAAAGGUCGCUGUAGGUUGCUACCAAUGAACCCUUGUUAUGGAGGGAAGCACAAUAAGGAUGGGAAGAAGUAUUAUCUUGGGGAAAGGACUCUCUUGUCCUGGUUGAUUGAGAAUGGGGUCAUAUCUUUAAAUGAUAUCAUUCAAUAUCGAAACCCUAAAGAUAAUUCUGUCACUAAGGAUGGUAAAAUCACUAAAGAUGGUAUUGUUUGUAAGUGUUGCAGCGAAGUGCUUACAUUAUCAGAGUUCAAGAAUCACGCUGGGUUAACAGUGGCUCGCCCUUGCUUGAAUCUUUUCAUGGAGUCUGGUGAGCCCUUUACACUUUGCCUCCUUCAAGCUUGGUCAGCUGAAUACAAAGCCAGGAAAAGUCAAAAUCAACCUGCGAAUGUCGUUGAUAAUGACAGAAAUGAUGACUCGUGCGGGUUGUGUGGUGAGGGAGGUGAGCUGAUAUGUUGUGAUAACUGCCCUUCUACUUUUCACCUGGCUUGUUUGUCCGCUCAGGAGAUCCCUGAAGGCAACUGGUACUGCUUAAACUGCACUUGUCGGAUUUGUGGAAAUUUGGUCAUUGAUAAAGAGGCUUCAGAUGCAAAUGAUUCAUUACAAUGUUCACAAUGCGAACAUAAAUAUCAUGAGAAAUGCUUAGGAGAAGGAGCUAACCAAGAAGGAGCAGUUUCAGACACUUGGUUUUGUAGUCAGAGUUGUCAGGAGGUAUACUCUAGUCUCCAAUCUCAGGUGGGGCUAGUUAAUCAAGUUGCCGAUGGCUUUUCAUGGACGCUUCUUAGAUGCAUACACGAUGAUCAAAAGGUUCAUUCUGCUCAGUGGUUAUCCCUAAAGGCAGUAUGCAAUACAAAAUUAGCUGUUGCCCUUACCAUCAUGGAGGAAUGUUUCGUGUCAAUGCUAGAUCUAAGAACAGGCAUCCACAUGAUACCCCAAGUUUUAUACAAUUGGGGGUCUGAUUUUGCUCGUCUGAAUUUUCAAGGGUUUUACACCGUGGUGUUGGAGAAACAAGAUGUGUUAAUAUCGGUAGCAUCUAUCAGAGUGCAUGGGACUACAGCUGCAGAGAUGCCUCUAAUUGCAACUUGCAGUCGGCAUCGUCGCCAAGGAAUGUGUCGACUCCUUGUGAACUCAAUUGAAGAGAUGUUAAUAUCUGUCAAGGUAGAAAAGCUUGUGGUAUCAGCCAUUCCCGAUUUGGUGGAGACAUGGACCAAGGGCUUUGGAUUUGUACCUGUAGGUGACAUUGAAAAGCGGGGAUUAAAAAAGCUCAACUUAAUGGUUUUUCCUGGAACAGUGUUACUUGAAAAAUCCUUAUAUGGCGGCAAGAAGAAAAAUGAAGGACCAUGUGAUCAGUCAACUUUAGCAUCAGAUGAAUUGUUUGACGUAGAAAUCUGUUCUGAAGGAAUGGCCAUAGCCGAAUCAUUGCCCCAAGAUUUUGGUGGUAAGUCAGAGUGUGAACCUGUGGACUGCAAAAAGCAACCAGGCAAUAGGACUGACAGUGAAACCGACAGAGUUGAUAAUAAUCAAGCCGUUGAAAUUAUCCCUUUUGAAGGAAACAAUGUGCAGGAAUUGAUAACAUGCAACAUAAUGCAAAUUGAGAACUGUUGUGCUAACAAAGAUGGUACUGAAUCAGGUGUAGGACUUAUUGAGGACAAGAAUAUCAAAGUAGACAAAGUUGAGGAAAAUGCUUUGCACGAACAUGUUUCUCUGUCGUGCAAAACAUUUUCUGGCAACAAUUUUGACACAGUUUCUAAUUUUGAAUGCUCUGUGAUGUAUGAUGAAACUGCUAGUUUUGGAACAUUAGCAAACUCUGCAAAAUCAAAGGAAAGUUGAAAGUUAGAAAAAUGGUGUGUCUUGUAAUUUAGUAGUAUAAAGUAAGAAAACUAACCGUUAAUUAUGAAAACUACUAGAUUCAAGGUAA